UCACUAAUUGUCAUCAUGUCGUUUAUGGUAUCGUCUUUAGCAGGAAUAUGCGCUCGAGGAAUAAAUAAACAGUUGUUAGCGCACAAAGUGCCGAUCUUUAAACAACUGGUGCGAAAUUUAGAGAUACACGAGCACAUGGCGUACACUUUAUUAAAGGAAGCCGGCAUUCCUACUCCGCCUUUCGGGGUGGCGAAGACGCCCGACGAAGCCGCCAAUAUAGUUAAGGAUCUGAACACUAAGGAUAUCGUACUGAAAGCGCAGGUUUUAGCCGGGGGUAGAGCAAUGGGACAUUUUAAGGAUACCGAUAUCAGCGGCGUUAUAAAGUGCGAAACACCGGAGCAAGUGAAGGAAUUGGCGAGCAAUAUGAUCGGCAAGGUGCUUAUAACUAAACAAACGGGUGCGGCCGGAAAGAUAUGUAAUUCCGUGAUGGUGACGGCACGCAUGUUUCCGCGUAAAGAAUAUUACCUGGCGGUGAUGCUGGAAACUACUUUCGAUGGACCCGUGAUAAUCGUUUCCAAACAAGGCGGCGUAAACAUCGAGGAGAUCGCCGCCGCCCAUCCCGAAGCCGUGUCGUAUAUACCGAUUGACAUAAGCAAAGGCUUAACGUCCGCACAAGCGGACAGCGUCGCCGAGAAGCUCGAACUUACGGGAUACAGCAAAGAAAUCGCAUCGAUUGUCGCCUGCAAUCUGUACGAAUUGUUCGUCGAGAAGGACGCUCUGCUUCUCGAGAUCAAUCCGUUCGCGGAGGAUAUUUGUGGUCAAUAUUACGCUCUAGAUUGCAAAUGUAAAUUUGACGAUAGCGCCGAUUUCCGACAGAAGGAAUUGUUUGCAUUGAAAGACACGACUCAGAUGGAUCCGAAGGAGGUCGAAGCGGAAAAAUAUAAUUUAAAUUACAUAGCUUUAGAUGGAAAUAUCGGCUGUAUGGUAAACGGGGCCGGUUUAGCUAUGGCCACCAUGGACAUCAUAAAGCUGUACGGCGGUAUCCCGGCAAAUUUCUUGGAUGUCGGAGGUACCGCUACAAUCGAGACUGUGACGGAGGGUUUCAAAAUAUUGUCUUCUGAUCCGCAUGUGGAAGCUAUUUUAGUAAACAUCUUUGGUGGGAUAAUGAGAUGCGACAUAAUCGCCCAAGGAAUAAUCGAUGCUUUUAAACAAUUAAAUUUGCAAGUACCUGUAGUUGUGCGAUUACAGGGUACUAAUGUCGAUAAAGCUAAAAAAUUGAUACUAGAUGCUAAGUUAGAAGUAAUUUCCGUGGAUGAAUUUGCUGAAGCAGCCGAGACGGCGGUCAAGUUAGCAUCGAUGAUGAAUUUGGCAAAGUCUUUGAAUUUAGAUAUUCAUUUCGUUUCUAAAUUAGCGGGAAAAACGAAGAUCUCCGAGAAAACAAAGAUGGCUACCAUGUUAUCGCGGACGAUUUCGCUCGCAGAGGGUCUCUGCCGAUUGAACGGUCCUAAGAUAUUGGCAUGCAAAACUAACUUGGCGAAACAACCAACUAGGAAUUUAAAUGUACACGAACAUAUUAGCUACAGUUUGCUCAAUGAAGCCGGUGUACCUACUCCGAAAUUUGGCGUUGCCAAGACUGCCGAUGAGGCGGCCAAACUUGCUACCGACUUGAAAACGAAAGAUAUCGUCUUGAAGGCUCAAGUUCUCGCUGGCGGCAGAGGAAAGGGACACUUCAAAGGAACGAAUGUCAGUGGAGUGAAGAUGUGUGAAACUCCAGAAGAAGCUAAGUCAUUAGCGAGUCAGAUGCUGGGUAAAUUACUAAUCACUAAACAGACCGGCGAAGCCGGUAGGAUAUGUAAUGCCGUGAUGGUCACGCAACGCAUGUUUCCUCGUAAAGAAUACUAUCUUGCUGUCAUGAUGGAAAGAGCCUUUGGUGGUCCCGUCAUUAUAGCUUCCAGCCAAGGUGGGGUUAAUAUCGAGGAAGUUGCUGCUACGAAUCCUAGCGCUAUCAUGUACGAACCUAUUGACAUCGACAAGGGAAUUACGAAGGAGCAGGCGGAACGCAUAGUCAGCAAGCUCGGUCUCGAUAACGUGAAGGAUUACAUUUCCAAUAUAAUUAUAAAUCUUUACCAAAUGUUCCUCAAAAAGGAUGCCCUUCUUCUGGAAGUGAAUCCUCUUGCCGAAGACAUUAAUGGGAACUAUUUUGCUCUGGAUUGCAAGUGCCGAUUCGAUGACAACGCCGAGUUCAGGCAAAAAGAACUGUUUAGUCUCAGGGAUUGGUCUCAGGAGGAUCCCAAGGAAGUUGAAGCUGCGAAAUUCGAUUUAAAUUACAUUGCGCUCGACGGCAAUAUAGGUUGCAUGGUGAAUGGAGCUGGGUUAGCUAUGGCUACGAUGGAUAUCAUAAAAUUACAUGGUGGUGAACCGGCCAAUUUCCUCGAUGUUGGUGGUGGUGCAUCAACUUCUGCAGUGAAAGAAGCAUUCAAAAUCAUCACUUCUGAUUCACGAGUUCACGCUCUUUUAGUUAAUAUUUUUGGAGGCAUCAUGAGAUGCGAUGUCAUAGCAGAGGGCAUUAUUGCUGCGACUAAGGAAUUAAGCUUAAAAAUUCCCGUCGUCGUAAGAUUGCAGGGUACCAACGUGGACGAAGCCAAAGCUUUGAUCGCCAAUGCGGGUUUAAAAAUCGUGCCAAUCGACGAUUUGGACGAAGCAGCCCGAGUCGCAGUGAAAUUAUCGACCAUUGUUAAAUUGGCGCAAUCUGAAAAUCUCAGUGUAAAUUUCGAGAUACCGGCAAUUUCCUAGAUGGUGAAAAAAAUAUAUAGUUGAUGCAAUGUUAUUGAAGAAUAUUGACGAGAAUAUACUCAAUAUUGUUAAAGUAUUUCACAAGAAAUCAUCUGAAAAUAAUAACUACAAUAAUAACUUCAUACAUGUAAUAAUGUAUUCUCGUUACAGAGUAACAUUUCAAACACAAUUCAUUGAUUCUUUGUGUAAUUUGUAGAGUGAAAAAUAAUAUAUACAACCUUGGAUAUGUCUAUAUUACAAACGCGAUAUGACCAUUGAUAUAUUAAAAUUCGAAAAACGGGCAAACUAUUGGUGGAUUAUUAUAUGUACAUGAUAUAAUAAUCAAUUUUUUUUUUUUAUUACAGAUGCAAACGUUUAUAAUAUCGUAAAAGUGUGUGGAAUAUUAUUCAAAGAUAUAAUUUAUCAUUUGCCCUACAGUAAGACUCUGUGAUUCAGUAUUAAGAUAUUAAGUUGUGUAAUAUAAUACCCAUCUUCCCUUUUAAGCAAUCACGUUGCGCAAAGCCGUGUGUUUAAAAAUAAUGAAGUGUUAUACACAGACACACACGCGUGUUCAUUUUAAGGCGGAAUUUCACGAUAACCAUCCCAUGUGGAAAAUAAAGGGCUUUGUUUAACGUAACAUGUAGCGAUAUAUAUAUACACUUACAUAAAUUAUUUUAUAUAAUUUUUGCUUGUGUCUUCGUUCCUUCAACGAAUGACCGAAUCGUAUUCCUGAGUAUGGUGCUAAUGUCAGGAGAUAAUUUUAUACGAUUAUAUGCAAAUGAUCGUCGAAGAAUUAUAUAUAUAUAUUAUAUGCAUAUUUAUUUUCUCUG